CGUUCAUACGUCAUUAAAGCUUGCCAAAACACCAGAACGUUUUGUAAGUUACUGUUUGACCAUCUUUCUAAACCAGCCAGUGUAUCUAACGGCAAUCAACAUGUCUCUACUAAGCGUCUGUGCUUCUGCAUCGAAACGUCUUGUAACCCAUGCGUUAUUCGUGGAAUCUGCUUUUACAGGUGCGUGUCUUAACUCGAAGAAGAGUGUUGCUUCUCAAGGCUUAGCGUGCGCAUGCUGGCUAGUUACCGUUAGCAAGGUAAACAACAUCAAAUCAACGUUUAUUUGUCACGUGCACACAAUACAGCAGGUGUAAACAGUACAGGGAAAUGCUUACUUGCAAGCUGUUCCUCAACAUUGCAGUGAAUACACACGAGAAAUAAGAAAAGUACACAUGAGAAUGAAAGAAAUACGCACAAGGUCAAUACCAAUAUCACUCAGGGAUACUUGUGGUGACAGUUGAGGUAAAGCUAUGUAAAUGUACUCAAGGAUGAGCGGGAGGUAGGCUAAUGUGCCUAACCCUAAAUAAUGUAAGCAAAUUCAUUCCGUUGCAUUUUCAGGUGGGAAAUUAGGGCAUUAGCUAGUCCAAUAAUGGACUAACGGAGCCUGACGUUACUCCCUUAUAGUCUAAGGACCUUACGUUUACUGUUUAGAGGCGAAUUGGCUCUGACAGCCAAAUACUCCAUCUAAACGUGAAUCGAUUCUCAAUUGCGGAACUGUUCUCGAAACAUAAAGCCCUCUACUUUCAUAUCACAAACAUAAUUUCACAAAUGCUAAAUAUACACAUACAAAACACUGUUUUAACACAGUUGCAGCCUACAGUAUUUUUCAGUGACAAGUUCAACGUGUGUGUGGUGUCCAUCUUCUGUUUACACACAGGUGUUAAGAGACGCAGAUAGCUAAUUAACAUAGGGACACAUCUAUCUUCCGUAAACAAGCGCUGUAACAUGGAAAUAUAGCAGUGUGGGCACCCUAACCCAAUAAAGGUGUGUAGUAACUGAACCUUAUAUUUGAAAAAUAAUCAUUUCUAGCUGAUAUGAAAGAUGUGUUCCAUAUGUUUCCAAAACCGUACCGCAAGCGAUGCGUUUUAAAGUACAGAAUGAGCGUCGCGUCGGCCAGAAUAUACUAUCGUCAAUGGGCGCUAACCUAGCGUCUAUGAAUAGGUUAGGCAAUCGCUAGCUACUGCAGUGGCAUAACUUAAAGAUGCACUCCGGGAUCUUUAAGUUCAACAAAUUCGUAACAUAUAGCACAAAUUAGAUUUGCAACACAUCAAUCAAAUUGCAAAAUGUGUUUAAAAAAACUGGCUGAAAUUAUACAAUAGUUUGAGAGUGCAUCUUUUAAAAAAUUAACAUUUUGAAUAUUGCCAAACCUAAACACUGAUAGAGAUAAACUCAACACAUACUUUCUGAACAAAUUAGACCACACUGUAAACAUUCAGUAUGAUUCUCAAACCUACACACCUUCAGGCAACGCUCCCACCUGAACAGGUCUAAGGGGUACUUUUAUACACUUUACAUGUUCCCCACUAAUUAGGGUCCCCUGGGAGUGGGACAUUCUGAGAGGAUUUGAACAUGAUAAUGUCGGAUGUACUACUGUUCAGCUUCCUACGAGCACAUUAAUCCCCCAAUUAUGCCUUGUUAAAUCAAACUGUGUCUGGUAGUAUAUAUAUAUUUUUUUGUAUUUCUCUUCAACUGGUGUUUUAUUAUUUUAUUUUAUGAUGUACCCUGGAUUAUCCCUGUGUUGAAAUGUGUUGUUGUGUUAUUAUUGCUAAUAAAUACAUAAAUAAAAAAGGGUACCCUGGGAAACAUGGACCAAAACUAUGGUUCCUACACUGUCACAUAUACAUAAUUUGUUUACAAAGUCUACACCAACAUAUUGAUACCCUUCUCAAGUUACCUGUUAAACAAUAAUUUCUUGUUGAUAUGUCAAAAUAUCAACACAAAUGAAUCUUAAUAGUCUUUCAAUGUAAUUUCAGCAAGCAAUGACACCCACCAACUCAGAUUGUUCUGAGAUUGUUUCUGCAAAUAGAAACAGAUACGAUUGGCAUUCCUGAAACAUUAUUUUGUUGAACUUUAAUUUAAUCUUGGAGAAAUUAAGGUAAUUGAUUGCACCCAAAUUGGCCAUUUGAAUUUAUAGGAUUCAGAUCAUAUUCAAUAAAUAUAGUACCCAACAUCUUAUUUGGACCAAACUUCUUCCUACUAAUGAGUAAGACAUGAGGAAUCCAAAAUUGUCAAAAGCAACCCACUGACCCCACCACAUCCCAUACCAAUCCCACCCCAACAACUAGUAUAUAGUAUCAGUACUUUAAGGUAAAUAAUGCAAGUGACAUCAAUGAAUAAUUUCUCUAAACAGGGGGAAAAAAACAUCACCAGAUUCACUGGGAAUACAUUCAUAGUAUGGAGAAGCAAUACUCAAACCACAGCUUCAUACUAUACUGAACAAAAAUAUAAACACAACAUGCAACAAUUUCCAAGAUCUUACUGAGUUACAGUUCAUAUAAGGAAAUCAGUCAAUUAAAAUAAAUUCAUUAGGCCCUAAUCUAUGGAUUUCACAGGACUGGGAAUACAGAUAUGCAUCCAUUCAACCCCAGACACCUUUUAAAAAAAGGUAGGGGCGUGGAUCAGAAAACCAGUCAGUAUCUGGUGUGACCACCAUUUGCCACAUGCAGCGUGACACAUCUCUUUCGCAUAGAGUUGAUUGUGGCCUGUGGAAUGUUGUCCCACUCCUGUUCAAUGGCUGUGUGAAGUUGCUGGAUAUUGGUGGAAACUGGAACACGCUGUCGAUCCAGAGCAUCCCAAACAUGCUCAAUGGGUGACAUGUCUGGUGAGUAUGCAGGACAUGGAAGAAUUGGGACAUUUUCAGCUUCCAGGAAUUGUGUACAGAUCCUUGCGACAUGGGGCCGUGCAUUAUCAUGCUGAAACAUGAGAUGAUGGCGGCGGAUGAAUGGCACGACAAUGGGCCUCAGGAUCUCGUCACGGUAUCUCUGUGCACUGAAAUUGCCAUUGGUAAAAUCCAAUUGUGCUCUUUGGCCGUAGUUUAUGCUUGCCCAUACCAUAACCCCACCGCCACCAUGGGGCACUCUGUUCACAUCAGCAAACCGCUCGUCCACAUGACGUCAUACACGUACGUGGUCUGCAGUUGUGAGGCCGGUUGGACGUACUGCAAAAUUCUCUAAAACAAUGUUGGAGGUGGCUUAUGGUAGAGAAAUGAACAUUCAAUUCUCUGUCAGCAACAGCUCUGGUGGACAUUCCUGCAGUCAGCAUGUUAAUUGCACGCUCCCUCAACUUGAGACAUCUGUGGCAUUGUGUUGUGACAAAACUGCACAUUUUAGAGUAGCCAUUUAUUGUCCCCAGCACAAGGUGCACCUGUGUAAUGAUCAUGCUGUGUAAUCAGCUUCUUGAUAUGCCACACCUGUCAGGUGGAUGGAUUAUCUUGGCAAAGGAGAAAUGCUCACUAACAAGUAUGUAAACACAUUUGUGCACAACAUUUGAGCGAUAAGCUUUUUAUGCAUCUGGAAAAUUUACAUGUUGGGUUUAUAUUUUUUUGUCAAACAUAGAACUGAUACUGUAUACUGGUUGUUGGUGUGGGAGGUCCGUGGUUGGCUUUUGACAAUUUAUUUGGGAUUCCUCAUGUCCUACUCAUUGUUUGGAAGAAGUUUGGUGCAAAUCGGAUAUUGGGUACUAUAUUUAUUGAACAUCUGAAUCGUAUACAUUAAAAUAGGCAAUUUGAGUGUAAUCAAUUAGUUUAAUUUCUCAGAGAUCAAGUUAUGUCAUCAAAAUAAUGUUUUAGGAAUCCUAAUCGUAUCUGUUACUAACUACAUAAACGAUUUCAGAACAAUCCUGAGAUGGUGGGUGUCAAUCCUUUUUGAGGUGGAAAGACCUAAUGCAUCAGAUGUGAUGUCUCUCUUGUGUAAAGGAUACUUGCGGACAGCCAGUGGAGCAGUGAAAGACAAGGAGCCACUGCGCAAGGCCAAAACCCCCCAGGGCCGCUUCGACAUGAAUGAUGAGAAGACUAAGGAUCCCCUUGAAAGUAGGACAAACUAUAAGCUAAAUGUUGCAGAUACCUUCUAGGAUGCUCCAUUGCCUUUCACACUGUAAUUAUUCCCCAUUGAUUUUCCAGAGUUCCCUGAUGAUGUGAACCCAGCCACAAAGGAGCAGGGGGGUCCCCGGGGCCCAGAGCCCACGCGCUACGGGGACUGGGAGAGAAAGGGCCGCUGUGUCGACUUCUAGUUUCCAUAUCUGGUAUAUUACACAUGCGAUGUGGACAUACCUUAGCUAUAACUUAUGUAUCUAUAUCUAAGGACUGUUGUGUAAGAAAUCAGGAAUGGUCCACCAUACUGAAUCAGGCUGGACUAUUUCCCCAUGAACGACACAAUCUGAUAAUGAUUGUUUUUUAAAUUCAUACACAUGGAGUCUCUUACUUGUUAUGGUGCAAUACUCACUUUUCACACUGAUAUUGUGUUCCUUUGUUGAAAUGGAUGAUGAUGACGUAGUGAAUGAU